AUGUGGAACCUAGCGUCGAGUUAUCUAACCGGAAACGUCGGACCGAAAACCGAACCAAGAAAACCAGUCCACGCUCACGCGGAGUGUUCAGACGACGACGCGUCAUCCGUAGGCAGCAAAGACGAAGGCCUCGAGUGUCCUAUCUGCUUCGAAUCAUUCAACAUUGUCGAAAACGUUCCUUACGUGCUAUGGUGUGGCCACACGAUGUGCAAAAACUGCAUCUUGGGACUUCAAUGGGCGAUAGUGACGUUACCAACACACCCGGUCCAGCUUCCUCUCUUCAUCUCAUGCCCCUGGUGCAACCUUUUGUCCUUCCGUCUUGUCUUCAGAGGAACUCUCAGGUUCCCUCGCAAGAACUACUUUGUCCUCUGGAUGGUUGAGAGGAUGAAUGGCGAGAGACGUAAUUCGCCGGGCAGAGAUCAAACCGAUGGGAACAAUGACAGUGCAAGGGAGUCUCCGUGUGUCCACCAUCGCCAUCAUCAUCGCACUCUGCUUGAACCAUCAUCAAGGUCUGAUCAUCAUCAUCAUCGUCAUCGUCGCGGCAAUCCGAGGGAUAACAUACAGACUUCGCUGAGGAAGUCUCUGGUUUUCUUUGUUCAGCUGACAGCAAAGUUCCCAUUGGUUGUCAUAUUUCUGCUGAUCAUACUCUAUGCGAUACCGGCCAGUGCAGCCAUAUUGGCGAUGUACAUUCUGGUCACUCUCUUGCUGGCUCUACCGUCGUUUCUCGUCCUCUACUUCGCUUAUCCUUGUCUUGACUGGCUCGUCAGAGAGAUUGUCACUUGA